UCCAGGGGAAGGGGUUUACCGACGUACCCGGAACUGUUUCCAAGGGUUUUUUCUUUUUUUCUGGUUUGCUAAACGCUGCGGGCUCUUGGACGCUUGGCAUCUUAGACCCUUUGGGGGCCGCAAGAGCGCCCCCUUGUCCCGCCCCUUGGCGGGUUCAGCUUCCACCACCAUGGCUCCAGUGUCGGGCUCCCGUAGCCCUGAAAGGGAUGCCUCCGGGGGAAAACGGCGCAGUUCGUCGAGGAGCCCUAAGCCCAGCAAGUCUUCCCGCUCCCCGCGGGGUCGCCGCUCUCGCUCGCGCUCUUGUUCUCGGCUCUGUGACCGGAAUGGUCUGAGCCAUUCGCUGAGCGGCUUCAGCCAAAGCUCUCGAAACCAGUCUUACCGCUCCCGCUCUCGAUCGCGUUCUCGAGAGCGGCCCUCUGCGCAGCGGAGUGCCCCUUUUGCUUCUGCAUCCUCGUCUGCCUAUUAUGGCGGUUACUCGCGCCCCUGCGGGGGCGACAAGCCCUGGCCAAGCCUGCUGGACAAGGAGAGGGAGGAGAGUCUGCGGCAGAAGAGAUUAAGUGAAAGAGAGAGAAUUGGAGAAUUGGGAGCUCCUGAAGUUUGGGGACUUUCUCCAAAGAAUCCUGAACCAGACUCUGAUGAACAUACACCAGUAGAGGAUGAAGAGCCAAAGAAAAGCACUACUUCAGCAUCUAGUUCAGAAGAUGAAAAGAAGAAGAAAAGGAAAUCUGGUCAUUCAAAAGAAAGAUCCAAGAAAAAGAGAAAGAAAAAGUCAUCUAAAAGAAAACAUAAGAAAUAUUCUGAAGACAGUGACAGUGACUCUGAAUCCGAAACAGACUCCAGUGAUGAAGAUACAAAAAGAAGAGCAAAGAAAGCUAAGAAAAAAGAAAAAAAGAGAAAACAGAGGACGAAGAAAUCUAAGAAAAAGAAGUCUAAGAAGAACAGAAAAGACUCCAGUGAUUCAAGCUCCAAAGAGUCCCAAGAAGAAUUUCUAGAGAAUCCUUGGAAGGAUCGAUCAAAGGCAGAAGAACCAUCAGAUCUCAUUGGCCCAGAGGCUCCCAAAACACUUGCUUCCCAAGAUGAUAAGCCUUUGAACUAUGGCCACGCUCUGUUACCUGGUGAGGGUGCAGCUAUGGCUGAAUACGUGAAAGCUGGAAAGCGAAUCCCACGAAGAGGAGAAAUUGGCUUGACGAGUGAAGAGAUCGCAUCAUUUGAAUGUUCGGGUUACGUAAUGAGUGGUAGCAGGCAUCGUCGAAUGGAGGCCGUGCGACUGCGGAAAGAGAACCAGAUCUAUAGUGCAGACGAGAAGAGAGCCCUUGCAUCCUUUAACCAGGAAGAAAGACGGAAGAGGGAGAACAAGAUUCUGGCCAGCUUUCGGGAGAUGGUGUACAGGAAGACCAAAGGGAAGGAUGACAAGUGAGGACUUUCCCACUGUACAAGUGGACAUUUCUAACAUCAAAAAGGAAAUUGUGGGUUCUAGGCAUAAAAAGGUUAUUGUUUUGUUUGUUUUUGGGGUUACUUUUUGAUGUGUGGUUUCAAGCAGUUCAGGUUGGCCUCAGGCUUUGUGGCCAAGGAUGACUCUGAGCUCUUGGUCUCCUGCCUCUACCUUCCAAGUGUUGAGAUUCCAGAUGUGUGCCACUAUGCCCAGCCAAAAAGGCUACUGCGCUCUGGAAUGGCUUUUCAGUGCUUCCGUGCCUUCUGAAUCCUUCAGUCCUUCAAUAAAAGAUGCUUGUUGAUACAAUUAGUAAGUUAUUUUGGGCUUUUUAAGGUUGACCCUAACUUUCUGGUUUGAAAGUCCAAAUUUUGAGUGAAAUCAUGCAAUGUUAGAAAGGUGUCACAGAGAGAAAGUGGCAGCGGCAGCAGAAGUUUAAAUUUUACGUUGUGAUUUGGUGUGAAUAUUUUUAGCUUUAUACAGUGUCUGCCCCUGCCCCAGCAGAACUUGGAAAUGGCAUAUCUCUGUCUUGACUGUGUCACAAAUGGGCUGUUAACAAAAUGAAUGACAGUGUUGCUGUAAAAAGCAAUUCUGGAAUUUGAAAACUGACUGUUUCUAUAGUCUGCCCUAGAAAUGUAUUUUGGGCUAAGUCUACCUCUGCUCUAAAAGCAAGCAAACCAAAAGGCUAACUCACAGAUGUGUGGAAUAGAAAAUGUGAGCAUUAGAUGUUUUAAGUUGUUAAUGAAUUACUUAAGAUAGUUCUUUCAGCUGCCAGGGUGUAGCUCAGAGUUAGAACAUGUGGUUAUCAUGCAUGCGGCCCUGAGCUACAUCCCCAGCAGUGCAAAAAAAAAAAAAAAUUUUGAAAUGCAGUCUUGGGAAGUCUCUUGUUGUGCCGGUAUAAAAAUACUAUUUCUAGCUAAGCUGAUAUUUAUUGAUAGGAUAAUAUCUAAAGGAAUGAACAUCAGGAGUGCUAAUGAGGGAAAAUAUAAUGUCAGUAUUUUAAUUAGCUGUUUCAUGAUAAUGAAAGUAAAAUAUUAAAUGUUUUCAUUUGUGUUCUUUAUGUACUCAGAUUUUUUUUUUUUUUUUUUUGAGACAGAGUCUCACUGUGUAGCCCUGGAUAGCCUGGAAUUCCUAGAAUUCUGCCUGCCUCUGCUUUCCUGGUGCUAGAAUUAGAGGUGUGUGCCACUGCACCUGGCUAUCAGCUUUGAUUUUAAACAUUGUUAAACUCUUCAGCUUUUUUAUAUCAAUCAAUGUCUUUAAUCCCUAACUUUGUAGAAACCCUCCUCACUUUAUCACUGCUCGAAAAGUUGAAUAUAUGUUCUUGGAAAAUGUGUUUUUAGCCCACAGCUGCUGAACUGGCCAGCAGUUAGCAUGUAGCAACAUCUGUGAUCUUUGAACUUGAAAUGAUUUCACUGUAUCUGUUCUUCUCAGUCUAGUAAGUCUGCAGUUUCCUAAAACUUCAUGGAAACUAGCUUCCAAAGUUUCAAGUCUUACUGUUUCCUACACCUCCUCAUGUCAUACAAUGUAAAGUUUAUAAUUCCUACUUUAAACUUUAUUCUGGGGGGGCAUUAGAUUUUGUUAACUGGCUCCUAGCGACUGGAUGAAUAUGUUUUCAUUUUUCUUAGGUAAUGUAGUUUAAAUGCAACAAUUUUAUGGUGUAUAAGUAUUAUGGGUUUUAUUUCGAUUCUUCUCUUGUAUAGAAUAGACACAGUCAAUGAAAGAAAAGAUAGGAAUUUAUUUCAAAACCUACCAUUCCUUGAGUCAGUUCAUUCGGAUAAGAUCUGCAAAGACCAGCUUUAAUAGCAGAUCCUUUAAAAAAAAGUGGAAGGCUAAAAGUAUUUUAUUUUUAGCUUGAGUUAUUGCUUCAAACUGUGUUUUAUCACCUGAGCUCUAAGCCAGCCACUGUUUGCAAAGGCAAAUCUUCCUGGUUUACACACAUAUGCACACACACGCGCAUACACACGUGCGCGCACACGCACACGUGCACACACAUGCGCACGCAUGCACGUACACACAUGCACACACGUGCGCACACACAUGCACGUACACACAUGCACACACACGUGCACACACAUGCGCACACACACAUUUGUAAUUGAACAAACAUUGAGUUAGGACUUCUUUUUGCUACACUCCCAGUGAACAAGAUGGUGGCUAGGGUUCUAGCUGUAUUGUUCAAGUUCUUUAGGCCCAUUUAAAAUCUAUGUAGAAUGAUUGUAAUUUAAAUACUUCAUUUUGUUCUGUAAAGAGACUUACCUAGUUUCUUACCUCUUCACCUGUUGUUCACAGGGUUUUCUCUCCUUUUUAAAUUGUUGUACAAAGAUAAUAGUUAAAAAAAUAGAAGACUUGCUCAGUCCUACCACAUGUCUUGUUUGUUACAAGUAUUCUGUGUUCCUUGUAUGUCUUUGUCACUCAAAGUAUAGUGUAAAUUUGUCUUGGACAUUUUAAAAUUGUGUGACCAAGCUUAGGAGUCUCAUAAGGAAGGUAGGAAUACAUGAUGACCCAGUGUGAAGGUAGAAACAAGACCAGAAAAGAAUAAGGGCGCUAAUCCCUCUCUAGUUCAUUGUACUAAUAAGCAUGUGAUGUGUUCUAGAAGCCAAAACAUUCGGUUUCAGAAUUUGGCAGUGAGGCUCACCUUACAGUAGAAGAGGUCUGUGAGUAAGCAAACCCUUCAGACUGGGUAGUAUGAGCUCAGAAGUGUUGCCGUUUUGUUACCCAGCAUACCCAUAAAAAUGUGUAUCAAGCCGGGAGGCAGGCACAGAGAAGGACCAAACAGCUAAGGGCCAAUGGGUGAACUUGAGCAUUGUUGGAAAUGCAACUCUGUGCUUGCCAAACUCCAAAAUCAUGAUAUAGUGUUGACAAAAACCUUUUCAAAAACAGAAAACAACUUAUUACAGAAUGGAUAACGAAUAAAAGCAAAAAUGCAGUUGGGUUGUGUACCACAAGUUUAUUAUUCAAUAAAUAUUAUGUGGUUUGA